AUGGACUAUGAAAGUGAUGACGGCUAUGGAUCCGCAGAGAGUGGCAAUGACGAAGCAUUGAACUACGAUGACGAUCUUCAACUGGAUGAAGAUGAUAAGGUCGAUGAGUAUGGUGAGAGUAGGUGUUCACUGGAAAAUUAUACUGUUUUGAAAGAAGAAGAAAUUGCAAAACUUCAGGAUAGUUGUACCGCAGAUGUCUCUACUGUUCUCUCCAUAUCCAAGUCCGAUGCGUGCUUACUACUCCCUCGCUUUCAUUGGAGGGUUGAAGAACUUAAGGAUGAAUGGUUUGCCGAUGAAGAUAAAGUUAGAGAAGAUGCAGGUUUGUUGAAGAAACCUAUAGUGGAACAUAAUGCUAGGGCAAAUCUAAGAAUUGCUUGCGGAAUUUGUUUUGAAGAGUACAACUAUGAUCGGUUUAUUUUAUCUGCCUCUUGUGGCCAUCCUUUUUGUCGAGAUUGCUGGGCAGGUUAUAUUAGCACAACAAUCUGUGAUGGUGGUCCGGCUUGUGUGAGGCUAAGGUGUCCUGAACCAUCAUGUAAUGCAGCAGUUGGUCCUGAUUUGAUCGAAAAGGUGUUGUUGAACUCAAACCGAGGAGCUGAGCAUGGCAAGUACAAGACAUAUCUGUUAAGAUCUUACGUCGAAGAUCAGAAGAACAUCAAGUGGUGUCCUUCCCCGGAUUGUAACUACGCAAUUCAGUUUCAUGCUUUGGGUGGAUUAAUGGUGUCAUAUGAUGUUUCGUGUCUUUGCUCGCAUAGAUAUUGUUGGAAUUGUAUUGAAGAGAAUCAUUGUCCGGUGGAUUGUGAAACUGUGGGGAAGUGGAUAUUGAAGAACAAGGAUGACUCUCAAAAUACACAAUGGAUACUGGUUAAUUCCAAGCCUUGUCCCAAAUGCAAAAGACCAAUUGAGAAGAACCAAGGCUGUAAUCAUAUGACUUGCAGUCCUCCCUGUGGGUACCAGUUUUGUUGGUUAUGCCUCGGGCCAAAUAAAAGUUACUCUGGUUGCUAUUGCAAUAGGUUUAGGCAGGGGUCAAUUGAUAAUCCUGAGACGUCUAUGAAUACGGAUGAGAAGGCAAGGAAGAAGGCAAAGAUGUACUUAGAGAGAUACAUUCAUUAUUAUGAAAGGUGGGAAACCAAUGGAAGAUCAAAGAAAAAAGCUCUGGAGGAUUUUAAUAAGGUGAAGACCGAGCACAUUAAGCAACUUGGGGAGAUACAAGGUAACACAAGAGAGCAUGAAUACGAUUUUAUCAUAGAGGCCUGGCAACAGAUUAUUGACUGCAGGCAAGUAUUGCGAUGGACCUAUGCGUAUGGCUACUACCUGCCUGAGGAUACUGCCGCUAAGAAGCACCUUUUCGAGUGUUUGCAAGGCUAUGCUGAGUUCAGUCUCGAAAGGCUUCACAACUGCGCCGAGAGUGAACUACAACCGCUUCUGGUCUCAUCAUCAUCGGCAGCUGAUGAAGAUUUCAAAAAGUUCAAGACAAAACUCAUGGGGCUGACAAAGGUGACCGGAACUUAUUUCAAAAAGUUGGUUACUGCGUUGGAGGAGGGGCUUCCGGAGACGCUUCAAUAUGGAGCUGGAGCUGCUUUCAAGGAGAUUGACUGGGCAUGUGACCAAUGUACCUAUAUCAAUGUAGGGUCUGCCGUUAACUGUGAAGUAUGUUUUGAGGAAAAUCCAAAAGGUUGCUGGUCUUGUGAGCGUUGUACACUUUCGAAUCCGGCGACUAGAACCAGGUGUCUGGUGUGUGAUAAUACCGAAGAUGUUGAUCAGGGUGUAGUUUAG